AGGUUCUAGCUGAUGCCCAGGCUUCCUCGUAACGAUGCAGUCCCGCACAAAUCUGUCAGCUGGGAUUCCCAGUAGCAAAGUCAAAUAUUCCAAGCUCUCCAGCACUGACGAUGGAUAUAUUGACCUGCAGUUCAAGAAGAGCCCGCCAAAAGUCCCCUACAAGGCGAUUGCACUGGCUAUUGUGCUCUUCAUGAUCGGGACCUUCCUCAUUAUCAUCGGAGCCCUCCUCUUGGCAGGAUACAUCAGCAAAGGCGGCACGGACCGCGCCGUCCCCGUGCUCAUCAUCGGGAUCCUCGUGUUUCUCCCAGGCUUCUACCACCUGCGCAUCGCGUACUACGCUUCCAAAGGCUACCGGGGCUACUCCUAUGACGAUAUCCCGGAUUUUGAUGAUUGAACGAUGUAUUUAAUUACAUUCAUAAUUAGGUUGCUGGUAAGAGCUGCUAGUUAACCCCAGAUAUCAGAGGGAGCCCGUAAGAUUGCAGAGGAAGUACAUCAGUCACAAGAUGCCCGUUCCUGGUUUUGA